UCCCCGCCUCCUGGCCGCCCCCGCCGCCGAGCGGAAGGGGCGGGGCCGGGCGCGUGACGUGAGAGCAUGGCGGAGCUGUACGUGAAACCGGGGAACAAGGCGCGUGGCUGGAACGACCCGCCGCAGUUCUCCUACGGGCUGCAGACACAGGCCGGCGGCCCCAAGCGAGCGCCACUCACCCGCCGGGCGCCUGCCCCCGCCCAGGGAGCCCCCCCAGGCACUCCUCCAGACACCAGUGCCCCGGCUGCUUCCACAACCCUUUCCCCCAAAUCGUUGGGGCCACCCCCGCUUGGGCCUGUCAACCCUGCCCUCCGGACAGAAAGCGCGAGGUGGACUGUAGAGGAACCCUCAGAGGACUGCAGUGUGCUGGCAGAUGCUGUCCUCAUCCCCCUGAGGGAAGCCCUAGAUGCCUGCCGGCCCACAGUGCAGAAACAAGUGUGUGAUGACAUCGGGCGGCGGCUGACGGUGCUCAGGGACACAUGGGCUCAGGGGAAGCUGUCAGCCCCUGUGAGGAAGAGGAUGAGCCUCCUGGUGCAAGAGCUGCAGCAGCGCCACUGGGACACGGCUGAUGAGAUCCACCGCUCACUUAUGGUGGACCAUGUGAACGAGGUGAGCCAGUGGCUGGUGGGUGUCAAGCGCCUGAUCGCCGAGAUGAGGAACGUGCCCACUGUGGAGCUGGCUGAACCCAGGGAUGAUGAGACUGAGACCCUGCCUGACCAGGAAGCUGCCUGAUGCUUGAGAACAGGGCUGCAGACUGUGGGCAGUGCAGCCUGUGUUCAGGGCCACCAUCAGGAGAAGGGCCUCAGUGCCUGAGGUGGUCUGGGCAUCUCCCGUUGCUCCUAAUCCACUCCCAGAAAAGGGGGAUUUUAAUCACCGUGAUAUUUUAGUGGCGAUUCACUACAUGAUGUUUAAUAAAUAGCACCAAUCUGU